GGCUGUUACUUCCCUGGCCAACUGCCCCGACAGUGUCUUUCUGUUCUAUAUUUCUCGAUAUGAUUUUUGGCGCAACUUCUCAGGUGCUUGAUUCCUGUCUGAGAACAUGAGGAUAGCCUCCCAGGUUGGCCGUUUCUGUUUGACUAGUGGUAGAAGUCCACAGCUGCUCUCCCGCUUCUCCCCGUCGCCCGCAUUUCGCUUCACACGUCUGCCGUCAUGUCCACGAAAUAUAGGUCCAAUUCGUCCGAGGCGAAUGCCACGGGGGGCGAGGGUUGUAUUGAUUUCAGCUCUGGCUCCUGCCGCCUUUGUGAAGCUCACAGAAUCUGAUGAUACAGAAGGCGACAAGACCCUCGAACAGCGCAUGCUAGAAGCCUCGCGUCGAGAGGUAAAAGAGGAUAUCCUGGAGAAGACCCAAGGGAUACUGGGAUUUGGAGGGCCUGUGUUGGCUUACUGGACAUACUACGUUUAUGAUACAAUAGCCACCGGUUUUCGUUUUGUCCAUCUAGUGGCCAUAUUUUUACCAGUCAUCCUCUCCACCCCCGCGAUAUGGUUUGGGAAGCAGAUCCAGGAUCGUGACGGUGUUCGAACAGGGACUCUGUGGUGGUACGACUUCCUCGUGAAGUCAAUGGAGCGUGCAGGUCCUGCCUUUAUCAAGCUUGGACAAUGGGCCGCCUCUCGAACCGAUAUUUUCCCUCCCGAGAUGUGCAGCAUUAUGUCAUCCCUUCAUUCAAAUGCCCCUGCCCACUCGUUGAGCGAGACCAAGCGAAUUAUAAGCAAAGCCUUCAAUGGCAUGCCUUUUGAGGACAUUUUCGAAGAGUUUGAUGAGAAGCCUCUGGGUGUAGGAGCUAUCGCCCAAGUCUAUAAAGCGAAGCUAAAGCCGGAACUAUCUAACAUUGCCGACAAUAAACGUACUUCGGAGCCCCAAAGCCUAGGGGACAGGGUUCGCAAGAACGUUGAUGUGUUGGUAAAAAGCUCUCCUCAACGGGUCCCGUCCUCAUACGUCGCCAUCAAGGUGCGACACCCCCGUGUCGAGCGCCUUAUCCGCCGAGAUCUGAGAAUUAUGUCGUUUUUCGCCUCGUUUAUUAAUAUAAUUCCAACAAUGCACUGGCUGUCAUUCCCUGAUGAGGUAGCCCAAUUUGGCGAAAUGAUGAAGCUGCAGUUGGACCUCCAUAUUGAGGCAGAAAAUCUCAAAAUAUUCCGGAAAAAUUUCAGGUCUCGCACCACAGCCUGGUUCCCAUAUCCCUAUGAUGAUUACAGUACCCGUGAGGUCCUCGUGGAAGAGUUCGCGCAAGGUAUUCCAUUAUCGACCUUCCUUGAAAUGGGAGGGGGUGUAUACCAGGAGGAAAUUGCUAAUGAGGGUCUGGACGCGUUCCUUCAUAUGCUUCUGAUUGACAAUUUUGUACACGCAGACCUACACCCGGGGAAUAUCAUGGUCCGGUUUUACCGGCCUAGUGAGCUAGAUAUAUCGCUCCAUAAACACACUCGAGCGUCUGAUGCACCAACCGAAGCCGAAGUAGAUGUGACGGAAGCUGUUCUUUCUCGGCUGCGCCCUCAUGCACAGAACCCACGGGAUUGGGAAAAGGCUCUCAGUAAGCUCAAUGCCGAGGGCUAUCGCCCGCAGCUCAUUUUCAUCGACACGGGCUUAGUAACCCAGCUCAACGAGAUCAACCGAAAUAACUUUCUGGAUCUCUUCCGUGCUGUUGCAGAAUUCGAUGGCCACCGUGCAGGACAACUCAUGGUUGAAAGAUGUCGUCAACCAGAGGAAGUCAUCGAUCCGGACGUAUUCGCCCUCAGGAUGCAGCAUCUCGUUCUGAGCGUCAAGUCACGCACGUUCGCCUUGGGAAACAUUAAGAUUGGAGAUAUUCUCAGCGAGGUUUUGUCCAUGGUUCGACGCCACCAUGUCCGUCUUGAAGGAGAUUUCGUGAACGUUGUGAUUUCCAUUCUCCUCCUUGAAGGUAUCGGGCGAAGCAUGAAUCCUGAUCUAGAUCUGUUCAAGAGUGCUCUCCCCAUCUUACGACAACUCGGAUCGAAUACCACUUUCUUGAAAUCCGUUCGGUCAGGCGACACCUCCAUGCUCCGCGUUUGGGUUGGGCUUGAAGCGCGUGGCUUGCUCCAGGCGAGCGUCGAAAGCGUCGAACAGUGCGUUAAAUACGACCAGCUCUCUCCUAAUAUCUAGAUCAUGAAUGGAACGGAUAGAAUGUCGAGAAAUGAUGUGCUGCCUGAAAAUUUAUUUUGAGCAGCAUUUCUCAUAGCAUACAUAAUAAUACAUACAGGGCCUUUUUUAGCCCUCUUUUGUAAAUUAGAUCUAUAAUUAGUACCGUAAAAGUA